AUGGAGGCUGCAGAGGGAGACAAGUGGACUGGCCAGAGGCCUGAAAACCAUGCCCCCCGGAAGCGAGAGCCUGACAGGCCUACAGAGGGACAGGCUGGGAACCGCAGAUGCCGCUUGCACAUCCCAGCAGGUGUGCGGCGUGUGGUGGGACGGACAGGUAUGGGGCUGCUGCAGAUGACAGAUGUGAGGCCAGUGGCACCGGCUACGGGGAAGCAGGUGUCCGGGGAACGCAAGUCCGAGAGGCAGUCCAGUGGUGGCCUUCCUCACAUUUACGAGAUGAUCGCGCUCCUAUUGUAUGGGGAAAAGAGCUCAGCUUAUGACCACGUGCGCAAGACUCGCGUGGCCAUCAAGAAAAUCAGCCCCUUCGAGCAUCAGACCUAUUGCCAGCGCACACUGCGGGAGAUCCAGAUCUUGCUGCGCUUCCGCCAUGAGAACGUCAUUGGCAUCCGGGACAUUCUGCGGGCGCCCACCCUGGAAGCCAUGAGGGAUGUCUACAUUGUGCAGGACCUGAUGGAGACAGACCUGUACAAGUUGCUCAAAAGCCAGCAGCUGAGCAACGACCACAUUUGCUACUUCCUCUACCAGAUCCUGCGGGGCCUCAAGUAUAUCCACUCAGCCAACGUGCUCCACCGGGAUUUAAAGCCCUCUAACCUGCUCAUCAACACCACCUGCGACCUUAAGAUCUGUGAUUUUGGCCUGGCCCGGAUUGCCGAUCCUGAGCAUGACCACACUGGCUUCCUGACAGAAUAUGUGGCCACACGCUGGUACCGGGCUCCAGAAAUCAUGCUUAACUCCAAGGGCUACACCAAGUCCAUCGACAUCUGGUCUGUGGGCUGCAUUCUGGCUGAGAUGCUCUCCAACAGGCCCAUCUUCCCUGGCAAGCACUACCUGGACCAGCUCAACCACAUUCUGGGGAUCCUGGGCUCCCCAUCCCAGGAGGACUUGAAUUGUAUCAUCAACAUGAAGGCCCGAAACUACCUACAGUCUCUGCCCUCCAAGACCAAGGUGGCCUGGGCCAAGCUUUUUCCCAAGUCAGAUGCCAAAGCCCUUGAUCUGCUAGACCGGAUGUUGACCUUUAACCCCAACAAACGGAUCACAGUGGAGGAAGCACUGGCUCACCCCUACCUGGAGCAGUACUACGACCCCACGGAUGAGCCAGUGGCCGAGGAGCCUUUCACCUUUGACAUGGAGCUGGAUGAUCUACCCAAGGAGCGGCUGAAGGAGCUCAUCUUCCAGGAGACAGCCCGCUUCCAGCCUGGGGCACUGGAGGCCCCCUAAACUGGACAGACACCUCUGCAGUUUGAGGCCUGGCCCUGCCUCCUGCCUGCCCCUCCCCUGCUGG